GGCGAAAUGAAGCUGCACUGCGAGGUCGAGGUAGUCAGUCGACAUUUGCCGGCUCUGGGAAUGAGGAACCGGGGUAAGGGUGUCCGGGCGGUGUUGAGCCUCUGUCAGCAGACGCCCAGGAGUCAGCCUCGGGCUGGGGCUCGGGGCGAUCGAGGCGGCCCGCACCCCACCUGCCUGCUCAUCUCCACCCUGAAGGACAAGCGCGGGACCCGCUAUGAGCUAAAGGAGAACAUUGAGCAAUUCUUCACCAAAUUUAUGGAUGAGGGGAAAGCUACUGUUCGGUUAAAGGAGCCGCCUGUGGAUAUCUGUCUAAGUAAGGCCAAUUCCAGCAGUUUAAAGAGUUUCCUUUCAGCUGUGAGACUGGCUCAUAGAGGUUGUGAUAUGGAAGUACCACUUUCAACCUUCACACCAGUGAAGACUUCAGAAUUUGAAAAAUUUAAAACUAAAAUGGUUAUCACAUCCAAAAAGGACUAUCCUCUAAGCAAGAACUUCCCAUAUUCUCUGGAACAUCUUCAGACCUCUUAUUGUGGGCUUGUCCGAUUUGAUAUGCGUAUGCUUUGCUUAAGAAACCUAAGGAAAUUAGACUUGAGUCACAACCAUAUAAAAAAGCUUCCUGCUACAGUCGGAGACCUCAUCCAUCUUCAAGAACUUAACCUGAAUGACAAUCACUUGGAGUCAUUUAGUGCAGCCUUGUGUCAGUCUACACUCCAGACGUCACUUCGGAGUUUGGAUCUCAGCAAGAACAAAAUCAAGGCACUCCCUGUGCAGUUUUGCCAGCUCCGAGAACUUACAGAUUUGAAACUUGAUGAUAAUGAAUUGAUUCGAUUUCCUUUCAAGAUGGGACAGUUGACAAAACUGCGUUUUUUGUCAGCAGCUCGAAAUAAGCUUCCCUUUUUGCCUAGUGAAUUUAAAAAUUUAUCCCUUGAGUACUUGGAUCUUUUUGGAAAUACUUUUGAACAACCAGAAGUCCUUCCACUUAUAAUGCUUCAAACGCCAUUAACUUUAUUGGAAUCCUCUGCACAAGCCAUAUUAUAUAAUAGGAUUCCAUAUGGCUCUCAUAUCAUUCCUUUUCAUCUUUGCCAAGAUUUGGAUACUGCAAAAACCUGUGUUUGUGGAAGAUUCUGUCUAAACUCUUUUAUUCAGGGAACUACUACCAUGAAUCUACACUCUGUGGCUCACACUGUGGUCUUAGUAGAUAAUAUGGGUGGUACUGAAGCACCUGUUAUCUCUUACUUCUGUUCUCUAGCCUGUUAUGUAAAUUCCUGUGAUAUGUUAAAGUAAUAGGUGAUACCACAAAAAGAAAUUCCACUUAGUUACAGAACAGUUUGGGAUUCAUUUAUGGUUUAACUGUGUCAAACUGGAGAAAGGGAAGCCUUUUGUGUACUUCAGGGGAAGAAGGUGUUACUCUAACAUUUUCAAUCAUUUGACCGUAAAACCUUAAUUUCAUUAAAACCUAUUUAAUUUUAUUGUGAGGAAACUUUUAUCAGUUUAUUGCACUUGUGUUGAUUUUAGCCUAGUGUUUCCAGAAUGGGUUGUGGGAUUAUCUUUUAAUGUUAAACAGAUACUGAUCCCUAUCACUCCAGUCAUAGAAUUUUCUUUUCAAUUUUCUUCUUGAAUUUAAGUUAAAGAAAUUGAAUUCCUGUAUGUAGAAAAUAUAUCUUGGAGGACUAAGUCUAAAUUUUAGUGAAAACUUGUUUGGUAUGAAACUACAUAAGCAUACCACUUUUUGUGUUUUUCAGGUAUAUUAUUCUACAUAUGGAAUUCUAUAUUCAAGCAUAAAGUUGGAGUUGCUUUGG